AUGAAGCUGCUCUUCGUCGUGGCCCUCUGCUUGGCCGUGUUCGCCGCCUGUGCGCUGGCUGACGAUGACUACGACCGGGACUACAACAAGGACAACAAGGGACCGUGCAAGGGCGGGUACUGGCCCGACGGCAAGGGCUGCUGCCCGAAGGUAAUCAAGGGCAAGGCCUACUACCGCGACCACAACAAGUGCUAUCCGCGCGACCUGGACUGCGGCGUGUUCUACGCCGACGAGGAGAGGUGCUACCCCGACGAGAAGGGACAGUACCUGAAGAACGACGAGUGGUGCCCCAAGGACCGCAAGUGCCACGAGCGCUGCAUUCGUCCCGACUACGACCACAAGACCACGUCGACCACGGAGGAGUGCCCCAAUGAGACCACCUCGACCAGGAAGCGCCACACCACUUCCACCACCGAGGAGUGCCCCAAGGAGACCACCUCGACCCGUAGGGAGACUACCUCGACCAGGAAGCACCGCACCACUUCGACCACCGAGGAGUGCCCCAAGGAGACCACCUCGACCAAGCGCCACACCACUUCGACCACCGAAGAGUGCCCCAAGGAGACCACCUCCACCCGCAAGCACCGCACCACGUCGACCACCGAGGAGUGCCCCAAGGAGACCACCUCGACCAAGCGCCACACUACUUCUACCACCGAGGAGUGCCCUAGGGAGACCACCUCGACCAGGAAGCACCGCACCACUUCGACCACCGAAGAGUGCCCCAAGGAGACCACCUCUACCAAGCGCCACACCACUUCGACCACCGAGGAGUGCCCUAGGGAGACCACCUCGACCAGGAAGCACCGCACCACGUCGACCACCGAGGAGUGCCCCAAGGAGACCACCUCUACCAAGAAGCACCGCACCACCAGCGAGAAGCCGUGCGACAAGAAGAAACAGUGCCCCGGCGGCCAGUGGAGUGAUGACGACGGCUGCUGCCCGCGCAAGAUCGGCCACCAGUGGUACUACCGCGACGCCCACGGCUGCUACCCGGUCGAGCGCGACUGCGGCGGCGUGUACUACGCCGACGGCAAGGGCUACUACCCGGACGAGCACGGCAAGUACGCCCAGGCCGGCGAGUACUGCCCCGACAACCGCAAGUGCAAGCCCGAGUGCGAUGACGGCCACGGCCACUACUGA